AUGAAAUUGUUGAUUUUCUUAGUUUCGUGGGUUACCACAUAUGCUAUUCCUAGAAGAGGAAAUGAACCCUGGUCUGUUGUCCUCUGCAAAUUCCGAGAUUCUGAUUAUGAGCCUCGAACAGCUGAAUGGUUCCGAGAAUGGAUGACGAAUGGAAAUAACCCAGAUACUAUUGAAAGCUACUUCUCAUCUGUUUCUAAUGCCAUCUAUACGAUUCGCGGAUCCAAUGUUACCGAAUGGCUUCAUCUGCCGUGGACUCGCAAAGAGAUUCUCCGAAUGGCUCUGAGAGAUCCAAGACUUCAAACUGAUCGUGAGAGGCCGUUCGCGUUAUAUGAUAAAGCCAAGCAGUUAUGUUUGUCUUUUGCCGAACAGAACGGAUAUCAAAUCCAUAAACAGCGAAUAACUGUAAUCAAUACUGAACAGACUGCCGUAUAUGGAAAAGACACAGGUGUCUUACUUACUCCUAAGCUCAUAUUCUCCUCUGUACUCGCUCACGAAAUGAUCCACAGUAUGAACAUUGGUCAUUCUUAUAGCGAUCGUCAACGAAAAGUCUUUCCUUAUUCAGCUGUAGGUGAAUAUGAUGAUCAUUAUGAUCUGAUGUCAACAGCAAAUGCAUUCAUGCGGCCAUCAACCUAUGGGUUGAGCGGUCCUGGUUUGAACGGACCUCAUUUGGAUUACUUAGGAUGGUUACCCAUGAAUCGAAUGGCUCUUUUUGGAAGAGAUGGUCGUACUAACUAUACUCUGAGGUUAUCAUCGUUAUCUGUCCCUCAUCGACAUACAAAUGGUUGGCUACUCGUUCAUAUUCCAUAUGACCGUGAUGAUGCUCGCAAUGUGUUCACAGUGGAGUAUCGUACUCCAGUUGGUAAUGAUGCUGCUAUUAAGCAAGGAGCUAUAGUUAUACACAAAGUUCAUCGUAUAGGAUUAUCCUACUAUUCAACACUUGUAACACAUGCAUUGAAUGAAUACGAUGAAUUGACCGAAGACACUGAAUGGAUCAAAUUCAUUUCUACUAGUUUAGAUGGAGAUUUUCAAUAUAUUCGUGUUAAAGUUGAGCGAAUUAAUCAUAAGAAGCAUAGUGCUGAUGUACGCAUAGUUACCACAUUCCAACCUAAUCUCUGUCUUGAGAACGACUUCCAAGUAGAUCUAGACAAAGAUAUGGAUGAUUUGAAAACUCAUGGAGUUCCAUUCGUUUGUAUAGACAGCAAUCGCACAGUCACACAGGAAGACAUUGAAAUCCAGCAUAAGAGAGAUCUAUUCUUCUUAACAAGUCGUACGUUUGGCCAAAACGAAUGUGUUGAAGGACGGGAAUGGCGAGCAAUAGAUGCCUAUGAUUACGUGUGCGUCCCCCCGUCACGAGUAGAAGAAGUUCAGAAUAAUGUUAUUGUGAUGGAUGAUGAUGACAGUGAAGGAUGUGAUUCAGAUGAGAAUGUACAUCGGUUGGCAUUUCAAGGUGAUGAAGGAUGUGUGAGUAAAGAAGAACAUGCCCAAAUCCAUAGAGAGAAUGCUGAAUCACAUAAAUUCUUUAAUAACUAUGCGUUUUUCAACGGUGCCGAUCCAAUUGGACCAUAA